GGUGCAUCGAUAAUAGGCAACUCCACUUUUUUUUCCAAGUUAUUUUUUAACAUUCUUUCUCAACACUGGACCUAAUCACCAGUGUUUUAAUGUCACGUCGCGUUAGAAGCUUAACAAAAUGGAGCUUUCCAACAAACUCCGUUGGGACCAAUUCCUGAUUUUGGCAGCAGCACUUAUGUCACCUGCAUUAACAGUGCUGUGCAAUGAUAUCCUCAGCCUAAAGAUGGCAGGAGAUCCAGUUCUGACCCCUCACUCUGUGUGUUUGAGGCUGGCAGGCCUCAGCAAGCGUCAAAUGCGGAUGUGUGUGCGGAAUCCAGAUGUGACAGCAUCUGCUCUGCAGGGCAUCCAAGUGGCCAUCCAUGAAUGUCAGCACCAGCUCCAGGAUCAGCGCUGGAACUGCUCCUCUCUGGAGGGCUACAGCAAGCUGCCUUAUCAGAACACCAUCCUCAACAGGGGUUUUCGCGAGAGUGCCUUCUCCCUGGCUUUGUUGGCAGCGGGUGUGGCUCACUCUGUGGCGUCGGCCUGCAGCAUGGGUAAGCUGCGGGGGUGUGGCUGUGAGGCAAAGCGCCGCCAGGACGAUGACAAGAUCAGGCUGAAGCUCACGCAGCUGCAGCUGCAGACUCUGCAGAAGGGAGGGGUUGGCAUCGACAUGACCAGGUCACUGCCCUCAGAGUUAAAUGGGCACCAUGGCAACCUGGCCACCAACCUACAGGCCGUACAUCCCUCUGCCUUCAUCAAGCCUUUAUCAGAUGAACUGAGUUCAAUGCAGGACACCUGGGAGUGGGGGGGCUGCAGUCACGACCUACGUUUUGGGGACCGUUUCUCAAGAGACUGGCUUGACUCCCGUGGAUCUCCCAGAGACAUCCACGCUCGCAUGAGGAUGCACAACAACCGUGUGGGACGACAGGUAGUGACGGACAACAUGUCCAGGAAGUGCAAAUGUCACGGCACAUCUGGGAGUUGUCAGUUCAAGACCUGCUGGCACGUCUCCCCAGAGUUCCGUCUUGUGGGAUCUUUGCUCAAGGAGAAGUUCUCGUCGGCAGUCUUUGUCAACUCCCAGAACAAGAAUAACGGCGUUUUCAACCCCCGAGCAGCAAACAGCGCCGGCGGAAACCCUGGGGGGUUCAACGGGGGCCGUCGUCGAAGCAUGUCCAGGGAGCUGGUGUACUUUGAGAAGUCUCCCGACUUCUGCGAACACGACGCAUUUUUAGACUCUCCAGGAACUCAGGGACGCAUUUGCAACAAAACCAGCUACAGCACAGACAGCUGCAGCUCGUUGUGCUGCGGCCGCGGACACAACAUCCUCAAACACACACGCAGCGAGCGCUGCAAUUGCCGGUUUCACUGGUGUUGCUACGUGUUGUGUGAGGAGUGCCGACUGACAGAGUGGGUCAACGUGUGCAAGUAGAUUCCUAGUUGUGGCUGCUUUUGCCUAUCCAGGAUUCAAGAUGGCAAGCCAGUCCCCUCUCCUAUUUUUGUUUUUUUAGGCUUUUGUGUGAUUCUCACAGAGAAACUGUUUAUCCGUCCCUUUCCCUUUUUUUGUUCCAUCAUCUGGGAUCUAUUUUCUCUUUGUAGCCGCUGUUAUUCUCAAAAUGCCAAGUCAGAGAUUGAAGAGGUGACUCAUGUCGUUUGUCUUACCAUGGCCUGUUUAGUCCUGCACUCCCAGCCAAUAAAACAAUCUUCUCUGUCCCACCAAACAGGAGAGCGACCACAGGGAAGCAUUUCUUUUCCCACGUGUACAUCCUUUUUUUAAAAUCUUCUUGUACAGUA